AAAAAAAAAACUGCUGUCACUGUCACUGUCACAAAUUCCUUGGUCGCACUUUUCGUGACUUUUGUUGGAAGUUGAAAAAUGAUCCCAAAAUAGAUUAACCCUGUAUUUUAUCCAGUGCCCAUAAUUAUUUAACAUUGCAGUUAAACUUAGGCAGUAAGGUUAAAAGUGAAUACAGUCGUGGCAUCAUACUUUAGACAAAUUUUCUAUUACAAUGAAUGAACUUCCGGAAAACAGUAGUAAUGAGCCUGGAGAUGUUGAAACUUUGGAUUACUUACGAGGAGUUAAAUCUUCAACGUGUUUGCUUCUGCCCACUACCCCAAGUCCGACUCCACUGGAUUUUAAACAUCCUCUAUCUGAAGAAAUGGGGGAGCGACCAUUCCUAACCAUCAACGACGAUGCAAAUAUGGCGAACUCGCAAAAUUCUGAUGCUUCUGCAGGUGAUUCUAGUUCUUCCGCCGACUCUAAUUCUGUUGUCCAAGAUCCUGUCAGUGCACAACUGAUAAACAAUAUAAGCAUGUUGGAUUAUCAAACUUUAAGCAAAAAUGGAGAUCUUAUUUUGGGACCUACUGAAGAUAGCAAAUUGAAUGGAAAUGUGAAUGUAAACAACAGAAAGUUACCUGAUUUUGUCAACUGGAAUUGGAGAGUAAUUAGGAAAGUCUUGUUAUGGGUUGUUCUGUCAGGACUUGUGGCCUGCCUUGGUGCAAUCAUUGCAAUGGUCGUAACCAUCCCUAAGGAAUGCAAUCCUGAUCUACCCUGGUACCACGGCAAAGUAUUUUAUGAAGUAUUUCCUGCCAGUUUCAAAGACUCCAACGAUGAUGGAACUGGAGACUUGAAAGGUCUGGUUAAAAAACUGGAUUACAUUCAGAGCCUAGGUGUUACAGCAAUUCGCCUCAAUUAUAUAUUUACUGCUGAUAAUUACCCAGUACAAUACUAUAAUAUAACUUCCUCUGUGCAGCUUGCAAGAAGUGUUGGCACACAUAAAGAUUUUGAAGACCUAGUUGAAGCAGUCCAUAAACGAAAUAUGUAUUUGAUUCUUGACCUUCCAGUCAAUUCACUGGUCCCCACUAGCUCAUUAAACAAUCAUUCAAUUGAUAGGAAUUUAGAUGAAACAUCUCAGGCGCUUGCUUUCUGGGCAUUAAAUAAAACUGUUGAUGGUUUUUAUUUAAAAGACCUUGAGAACUAUGUUGAUGACACAAAUUUUGGAAAAUCCUUGCAGUUCUGGAAGUUUGUUAUAGGUUCUGAGAAAAUACUUAUUGCUAGUGAAAAAGCUUAUUCAAAAGCUAAAGAUGAAUCUCUCAAAGUUAUGAUGUCCAGAAUUGAUUUAAUUGAUGUUCAUUUAAAUAUGAAUGAUGGCAUUAAUAAAUUAAAAAAUAGAAUUGAAAAUGUGGUAACUGGAACCCUCUGGGCAAAGCCUCAUUAUCCCUGGGUCCAUUGGAACAUUGGAGAUAUUGGAAGUGAGAGGAUUUCCACCAAACAUCUGAACAAUACUUUGGCUCUGAUUGCUCUUGAAUUGGUUUUACCUGGAACUAUCAGUAUAUUUUAUGGAGAUGAAAUAGGCCUAACAGGGCUGUCUAAUGAGACAGUUGAAGUAGAUUUUCAUGAACAUAAAGAUGUUCACAAUCUAGUGCCAAUGAAGUUUCCUAAUAAUGAGAAAUCUGAUAAUAGUGUAGUUUUGCCAUGGAAUUCAGAAUCUUCUUCCACACCUAAGUAUCAUUUCUUGGAUGUAAUCAAAACUUUUAUGGAAGUGAGACUGAACACUCCAACAAUAUAUUUAAGGGCUAUUUACAAAGAUGGUUUUAACCUUAAAAAUAUGGAUAUACGGAAAACUGAUGAGAAUUUAGUGGUCAUUGAGCGUUGGUACCCUCGUAGAAAUACUUGUGUUUUUGUUGGUAACCUUGGAAACUUUCCCAUAACAACUGAUUUGUCUACCAUGUUUUAUGGUGGUAUGGUAGUUGCUGGUACCAAUGCAUCUCUGAUUGGUCAAGUGUUGUAUUUUGAUCAGGUUACUUUUCCACCCAAUUCAGCUUUCAUAUUAAAAUUGGAUAAGUAAAAAACUUACACUUUAAAAAUUGAAUCUCGUUUCUUAAUCAGUAUUGACUUGAUCUUUUAUCCAGUUACUUUUGUGCAUAAAUGUUGUUACUUAAAUAGAAAAUAAUGUGCUUAAUUAUGCGAGUUUUUAGUUUGAAUCCUACUAGGUAUAUAGAGAAAAAAUGUACCUAAUUGUUAUAAAAAAUCCCUGUUUUGUUUAUGCUAUUAACUUUAUAGCAUAUAUUUACCAAGUAUUAUUUAAUUAGAUUUUUUUAAUUCCUAGUAUAUUUUUAAUAGCCAAUGACUGUUAUUGUUAUUUAAAUCAUCUCAAUUUUGUUAAUAAGAGUUACCAACUAUUGUAAUGUUGAAUACCAAAGUAUAUGUUUAUUUAUGUAUUUUAGAUAUUUCAGUAGAUCUGUGUGUCAUGUAGUGUAGACAAUGUCCUAUUUUAUACCAAAGAUAUUAUUAUGGGCUUAAGAAUUGAAAUAGUCAAAACAAUUAAAAUUCAUAUAUUUACAAAAAUAUACAUUUGUACACAUUGGAAACAAAUAAUUAUGUACUUAGUAUGUAUGACAUUAUUAUGUACACAUAGUGAAAAUGUAUUAAUAAAUAGUUGUUGAUA